CUACGGCACCAGCCUGUCCAGCCACCAGGUAACAAAUAGAGAACCCCAACCGUCAAAUCAAAGUACGGCUGCAAUGACUUCAUCCUAAACUUCGUAGUUAUCCUUUUUCCAAGACCGAUCUACUCUCACUCCAAAGUCCAAUCACUCUAGUUUCUUCUCCUUCUCCAUCUUUUUCUCGGGGACUCUGCCUCUAGUUCCUCUGCUUUGCGCUGCACGGCGGCCAAAAGGGAAGAGAGAAAAGGGGUAAGAUGAUCAUCAAAAGUACAGCUGAUCUCGUGAAAGACGAGCUCCCAAUUGAGAAGGAAGCGAUGGUGAUUCCAGAGGACGAAGGAGCUGUCUCCGGUCUGGUACUUGUGGACAUCAUCAACGGAUUCUGCACCGUUGGAGCCGGGAAUUUGGUGAACAAUCUCUUUCUCUUAAUACAUAGAUGGAAGUGAAAAUUUUGCUGGGCAAGUGUUUAAAAGAGAAUAAUGAUUAUUACCCUACCCUGUUUUAAAAAGGCUCCAACAGAGCCGAAUACGCAGAUCACCGAAAUGAUUAAGGAAUCGGAGAGGAUGGCAAGGUUAUUCUGUGAGAAGAAGCUCCCUGUCAUGGUUUUCCUUGAUUCCCAUCACCCUGGAAAGCCUGAAAACCCAUACCCUCCUCACUGCCUUGUGGGCACCCCUGAAUCCAACUUGGUUCCCGCUUUAGAGUGGCUUGAGAAGGAACCAAACGUGACAAUCAGAAGGAAGGACUGCUUCGAUGGGUUCUUGGGAUCGAUACAGGAAGAUGGGUCCAACGUUUUUGUCGACUGGGUUGCCAAGAAUGCCAUCACAACUAUAGUGGUGGCUGGGGUGUGCACAGACAUAUGCGUGCUGGACUUCGUCUGCUCGACGCUAUCAGCCAGAAACCUGGGAUUUCUGAAACCUCUGGAGAAUGUGGUAGUGUGUUCGAAUGCCUGUGCUACGUUUGAUGUCCCUCUCCAUGCUUCAAAGAGGGCCAAGGGUGCUAUGGCUCAUCCCCAGGAGCUUAUGCACCAUGUAGGGCUAUACAUGGCGAAGGAAAGAGGUGCCGUCAUAGCAAGAGAGGUGAGGUUUGCAUCCAACAAUAAUAUGGGACGACUCGAUGUGUGAACCAGCCUUACCUACUUGAUACGUGGAGUGGAGUUGGCUCUCCAUAUAGAUGGGAAUUUAUGCUCUGUUUCAUACAACUGAAGUUUGGUUUCCGGCAGUCCUAGUAGAUAUUGUCCCUACAAGAAGUAUUUUGAUCGAACUUUACUUUCCAAUGGCGCACCGUUGUUAUACGACUACUACUGCUACCUAGUUGGCCACUCUACAUGGCUAAACGAUAUUUUUCCAUGAUGGAAUGUAAACUUAAGUACUUAUGUUAAGUGACUUUUAUAUAUUUCAUGCAACUUACUUGGAUAUAUAUGUCUAGUAAAUAAACCGU